UCCACUUCUCGCCUGUCUACUGUCCCGACUUCAGCUUCGAAAUCUCGUCAGCUUUCGCACCUGCACUCUCAGCUUGCGCAAUUGACAGCCAACAUGUCUGAUCUGGAGAACUUGCUACGCAUGACGGCUGUACAGGCCGAUGGCAUGAGAGGGCUGGGUGGGUAUGCCGGAGGAAUGUUCAUGGCUGCCAGUAAAGUGCUUGGAGAGGAGACCGUACAAGGUGGC